GGGAAUUCUGGGUAGGGCACAUUCUAUUCGGCCAUAUUGCUUCAUCGUCCUCACUGAAGGAGAGAGGGGAGAUGAAGGGGUUUCGGGCAAUUAGUCGGCUAUCGUCAAGGCUUUACGCGGCCCAGACUGCCCAUAAAGUGGAGUCCACUGGGACUGGUGAACAUGUUAAGUUUCAGCCACAAGAUGUACAGGUGACCAGACUGCCCAGUGGACUGGUGAUUGCCUCACUGGAGAACUAUUCCCCAGCCUCCAAGAUUGGAGUGUUUGUUAAGGCUGGCUGUCGUUAUGAGACCCAUGAAAAUCUGGGGGUCACCCACCUCCUCCGGCUGGCCUCCAACCUGACAACCAAAGGAGCUUCAGCUUUUAAGAUAUGUCGUGGUAUAGAGGCAGUGGGAGGAAGCUUGAGUGUGACUUCAUCCAGAGAGAACAUGAUCUACACCAUUGACUGCUUGAGAGAUGACAUUGACACAGUGAUGGAGUAUUUGAUCAAUGUGACAACCGCCCCAGAAUUCAGGCCAUGGGAGGUGAAGGAGCUUACACCUAGAGUCAAGGUUGAUAAGGCCCGGGCUGCACAGAGCGCUCAGAUAGCUGUUGUUGAAAGUCUGCAUCAAGUGGCCUACAAGAAUGCCCUCUGUAACUCCCUGUACUGCCCAGACUAUAUGGUUGGCAACUUCAACUCUGAACACCUGCACCAGUUUGUCCAGAAUAAUUUCACAAGUGCAAGAAUGGCCCUUGUUGGACUUGGUGUUGACCACGCUGUGCUGAAGCAAGUGGGAGAGCAGUUCCUCAACAUCCGCAGCGGAGCAGGCACCACAGGAGCCAAAGCUCAGUAUUGUGGAGGUGAGAUUCGUCUGCAGAACGCCGAUAGUUUGGUCCACUCAGCGGUGGUGAGCCAGUCAGCAGCAGCAGGCACCAGUGAGGCUCUGGCCUUCAGUGUGCUGCAGCAUUUACUGGGAGCUGGUCCACAUGUCAAGAGGGGCUCCAACGCCUCCAGUAAAAUAGUCCAGGGUGUUGCCAAGGCAACUACUGACCCAUUUGAUGUCAGUGCUUUCAAUGCAAGCUACUCUGACUCGGGUCUGUUUGGGAUCUAUACAAUUUCCCAAGCUGCAGCUGCUGGUAAUGUGAUUAAGGCUGCUCUUGCCCAGGUGAAGGCUGUUGCUGAUGGUGGAGUCACGGCUGUUGACCUCACUCGGGCCAAGGCCCAGCUAAAGGGGCAGUUCCUGAUGUCUCUGGAGACUUCGGAGAGUUUGCUGGAGGCUAUGGGCACUCAGGCUCUGGCUGAGGGGUCCUACCACUCCCUUGAGGAAGUCUCCAAAAGCAUUGACAACAUCUCCCUGACUGAUGUCGCCAAUGCUGCCAAGAAAUUUGUGUCUGGGAAGAAGAGCAUGGCAUCUAAUGGCAACCUCAAAACAACACCCUUUGUGGAUGAAAUCUAAAGCCCUCCUGGUCACCCUCUACCAGACCUAACUCUCAUGGCAAAGCAGAAUUUGUUUCCUCUAGAGUUUGACAAAAACAACUUAUCUUUUGCAGUGCUGUUCUGAGAGAUGUCAGAACACCAUUGCGUAGUUCUGGAUGUUGUUAUCAGUUUGUGUUCAGGUGGUGAUGCUCUGGUGCAUCACAGUGUUGUGCCCUGCCCAUUUGUUCACAUUGACUGUAUAGCUAAUGUAAAAUAAUGAAUAAAUUCUAUCUACCUUA